AUGACUGCUUCGCAUAUUGGUCGUCUCCGGUAUCUAGAGUACCAAAAGUCAUCGCGACAGCAGCUCAAGCAGGUUGCAAUGACGUCUGGUAUGCCGCCGGUGAACACGACAGCCUCGUUGCCGGAGCAGGAGGAGAUUGUCUGUGAGGGCUAUUGCUAA